AGACCUCCCAGUGCGCAUGCGUAGUGGACAGUAGAGCGACCUAUUUCUGCGAGGAGGUAUUUCUCGCAGCCCCGCCGUUCAAAGCCAGCGCCGAGCCGCCGUCCACCGCCGCCAGAGUUCCUCCGUCACUUUCGUCAUCCGGGAACCUACCGCCAUAUUUCUAUUUUUGCAUCAGUGUCCGUUGUUUAUGUGACUUUAUUUGCCAAAUUUUCUCUAUUUCUCGCCUAUCGUUUCGUGUGCGUGUCGUGUACAGUAGUGUGAAUCGAGAGAGCAGUGUGAGUGCGUGUAUUUAAGAGGAGAACAGCAAGAGUGGCAGCUGCUGUCACCUCCCAUCCUAGUGUAUUUUUUCCAGUCAUGUCAACGAAAGCCAAACAAGACGGGGAUCCUGCCACUAUAGGAACACCAAGAGCACUUUUCUUCUGAAUUUUGCAAGAUCCAUGAUUCAAGUUGAGAAUGGCUGGAUCUUGGAAUGUGACUAGAGCUGCGCUGCCAGACUUUUUCAGAAUUCAUAAAUAUGUUCCAGAAAGAAAUGGAGAUAGUCCAGAAAUGUGGUCUAGUCAGCAGCAGCAGCAGCAACAACUGCAGCAGCAGCAGCAGCAAGAGGAUGCUGAUGAUGGUAGUAGUGGUGGAGGUAGAGACUCCUCAUCCCCCUCUACCAAACCAGAGGAGGGAAAUAUAAGUGCAUCAUCGACAGAAUCAAGUGGGUUGGACUCGCACAAGGGGAGCACCUCACCUUCAAUUUCAUCAUCACCCCUCAACCUUCCACACUGGCAAUAUUCAAGAGAUGAACUUCUAGCAAUGAAGGAAGCCCCUUUGUCUCUAAAGUGGCCCUCUUGCUUGGACAUAGUUUAUAGUAAACCUACGGGAAGAUGGGAUCCUGAUAGGUGGAUCCGAGCAGUGCAUGAUGAGCGACGUCCGUCCAGCACUGCUCCUGUGCCCUCCGCCGUCACCAGCAACAAACCCGACCGUCCACCAGAUCUGGAGUUGAAACGAAGUCGGGACCCUCGAGAAAGAGUAAAGCAGGAAGAACAAGAUGGUCUUAUAUUGUCUCCUCAACGACGAAGCUUCAGUACAGGCUGUCAUGGUCUCCAGCAAGUUUCAACUGCAUCCAAACGUCCUGACUCACCUACAGAAAGACCACAACGGGAGUCUCAUAGAGAGAUUCCCACACGACGAAUAGGUUCGGGCAGAAUUUCCCGAAGAGAUGACUCUGAGGCUCCUGUUCCUGCGGAGCGCAGGGACCUUCCUUCUAGGCGGGAGAGGGACUUGGAACGAGAUCGGGGACGAGAUAGAGACAGGGAGACAGACCAGCGCCGUGAUACCAGGGACUGGAGGUCUAAGCAUGAUCAGUGCUUUGAUGGAGAAAAUAGGUUUGAUAACAGAAGACGCUUCAUCUUUGAGGAAGAGGAAACUGAAAAGCGCUCUGAACGAAGAGAUAGAGAGCGCGACAGAGACCGACGAUAUCAGGAUCGACGAAGAAUGUCACGUGCUGAGGAAGAAGAACCCGAGUGGUUCACAGGAGGGCCAACAAGUCAAAAUGAAUUCAUUGAGCUGGUUGGAUUUGAUGACAUCCCUGAGGAGAAUUCCACCUCAACGAAAGCUCAGCACAAGAGGGAACGACGUCGCUCAAAAAAAGAAAAAGAAGGUGGUGGUAGUAGAAAAGGUUCUCGCAGUACCACUCCAAUAAUUGAAGAAGAGUCAACAAGUAAGUCUCCAAAGCUGCAACAAGAAGAACCGACACAUCUUAAAGAUGAUGACAGGCAACGAACUCAACCAACUGUUAUUGAACCAGUGGAACAAGAACUUCCUGGCUUCAAUAUAGAUGAUUUCCUUGGAGACAUAAUUGGUUACCCUGGGAAUUCGGAGGAGAUGGCACCUGGCAACAAUACUAACACAAGUGGAGGGAGUGGAUCAUCCAGGUUGAAGCAGUUCUUCUCCACGAAGAGAGAGUCUCCGAUCUUUGGCUCUUCUUGUAAUUCACGUCGCUCCUCAAUUGAAUUGCCACCGCAUAUCAAUAACCUUCUCAAUGAAAUCACGGCUAAUGAACCCAACAUUGUGAUCCCUUCAGCCAUAUCAGCCCUCGACUCCAACCACUUCUUCGCACCAAUUUCCCCAGCAGACAAAACUGCUGCAAGCUCCAUAGUGGACCUCUUGCAGCAAGCCUCCUCUGGAGGCAUAGGGGGUUCAGAUCCCUUAGGACCUUCCACCCAACCUCCAAUUGGGCCUCCAGGGUUACCUGGGUCACAACCACCACCUUCAAUAAAAGAUCUGAUGAUGGAUGGAAAGGGGCAGAGUUUGGAGGAGGUCGAGGCUGGAAUACGUAGCAUGCGCCAACAAAAUCGCCCUCACCAUAAUAACCAGAUGAGUCAUAACCACCAUGGCCUUAACCAGAUGACUGCAUUUGACGAUUUUCUCUCACAGGUUACUUCUCAGGGCACAGUCAAACCUUCACCCAGUACUUCAACCAAGGAGGUGCUGAAUAAGUUACUGAAUGGUGGGAUAAAGGAUGGGGGAGUGAUGAAGCCAUCCCCCAUGUCAGUUCAACCAGCUGUUCCAAAUGCUCCUACAGAAAAUGAUCUCAUUGCUAUGUUAAUGAAAGGGAGCUCUUCAAAUUCUGGACAGCAACCACAGGGUCAUCCCCUGUCCCAUCAACAGUCCUGCAACGUACCCCCUCCAUCUAUACCUAACUUUAAUGUACCUCCUCCAAGUAUGGUAGCUCGUUAUCAGCCUCCACCUACCCUGCCUCAACUAGGAACUCAGGGGACACCAUCGCAAGAUGUUUUAAUGAAACUGCUUCAGGUUCAACAACAACAACAACAACAGCAGCAACAAAAGAGACAGCAUCAUAUUUUGCAGCAGCAGCAACAGCAGCAACAGCAGCAGCAACAGCAGCAGCAACAGCAGCAGCAGCAGCAGCAACAGCAACUUGACCCAAUCAAACAGUUGAUGGGAGGCUUAGGACGUAUGAGUGUAACUCCGUCACCUCAACCGCAAGACCAAGUCUUACGUGAUGCUCUUCUGCGGCCAGAUGUGCAGAACUUGCUGCAGAGAGUUGCUAGUGGGCAUGUGACUGCUGACCAGCUUGUGACUCAGUUGAAGAGUGUGUCUGUUACACCUUCUCAACGAGAUGCCAUCACUACUGUUUUGAAAUUCCUUAACAGACAGCAUUCUCAACCACUAAUUCCCCACCGCACUACUCUCACACCAUCUCCAACCCCUCAACCUGUUGUAGGUGGAGGAAUUUCCCUUGGUGGCAGUGCAUCUUUAUCACCUCGUGUGGCUUCCCCCAACCCUGAUGCUUCCAACAUGCUCAACCCUCAUAUCCUUCAACAGUCACGUCUGUCUCCGCACAUGUUUUCAGGUGGAUCCUUGGGCAGUAAUCUGAGUGUAAACAAUGUUGGAGGCCCUUGUAGACGACCCCCAUCCCACCAAGAAUUGGUUGCUCACACCCAAAGCAUUAUGCAAAAGGCCCUCCUCAAACAGGAGCUAGAGAAGGCUAAAGAGAAGCACCGUAAGCGAGAAGCUGAAAGAGCCCGGUCUCCAAACCCCAAUGGGCCUGUGAACACAGUGUCAAGUGUUAAUUCAGGACCCAUUUCUUCAAGUGUAAAUAAGUUACAGGAUGGAUCCCCUAGCAAGUCUGGGGUAAAGUCGCAGUCCCCAUUGGCCUUUACACCAACAUCUGUCAUGAGAAAGAUGACAGCUGAUCGUGAUCGCCAUGAACGUUCUGAUAAGUCUGAUAGUCCUGUUGUAAAUGAUGUAAAGGAGGGAGAAAGAAACAGAGAUCAUGACAACCAUGUGGGUGUAAAUAUGCCACUUCAAGCUUCUCUUCAACAGCAAGCAUCCAACCGAGGCAAAGUUGAUAACAAGAGAGAUUUGCGGCGAGGCACAUCACCCUUGCCUCCUUGCAGUGCUGCAAUGUCAGCAGGACCUCUGAUGGGAGGCAAGGGACCCAUGAUCAUGGGAGGAAACCCUGGAAUGUUAAAUAUGGGUCCACCUGGACAGCGACAUCCAUCUUCUACUCUACAGCCUCCAGGAAUAGGCAUGUCAAGGGGAAAUCAACAAAAUUUGAAUAUCCGAGCUCUGCAUGCAGCACAAGUCCAAGCUCAGGCAGUGUUUGCUCAGCAGCUGAUACGAAGCCAAACUCCUGCGGCAGGCAACAUGGGCCCAGCCCAUCACAGACUGCCCAACACCACCAAUCCCCCUGGGCCCCUUCACCAACUCCUGCUCAAUAACAACAAUCCUGCCACUUCCCUGCAUCAUCACCAUAAAUCAGAUGGUGGAUUGCAUGUCCCAAUCAUGCCAAUGGGAGGUAAUUCACAUCGCAGUUCACCUGUCAACUUGGCCCAGUUCUUUGGUCGAGAUAUUAUGUCACAGGUUCAAGCUGGGGGACUACCAGAUUUGCCAGGAGGUAAAGUUUUGAGCUUGGAGGAAGUGGAGCGGCUCCAGCAGACACAGGCUGUCCCUAACUGAGCAUCAACAUCAGGUAACCAGUUGUGAGCCCAAAGAUCAUUUAGACUAAAUCUUCCCUCUUUGGCUCUUAGUAUUUGGAUCUCAGCUCCUUCCAAUAAACUUUUGUGAGUUCACUCAAAACAUUAUCUUGUAGUGAAAGCAAGUCAGUGAAUGUUUUCUUCAAAGUCAAGUGAGUGCAAAUAUUAUUAUUAUAAGUGAAAAAGUAACACAUACUGCCAGAAUAUAUAUACUGAAUACUCUUAUCCAAAAGCAGCAGUGUUUUGAAAUGUCAGUGGCUGCAUUAUGGGGUAAAAUUGAAGUUUGGUGUACCUCAUCCUUAGUGAUGCUUCAAGACACUCAAGUGCUGAAGUUAAGUGUGUGUGUGUGUGUGUGCGUGCGUGCGUGUGUGUAUGUGUAUGUGUGUGUGUGUAUGUCU